AGCUGGGUGGGCCGAGGGGCCCGGCUCGCUCGGCUGAGUUCUCCAGCUGAAGGUGGGAGAUUGGAUUUCUGGGCAACCGGCCAGGCCUGAGCUCCCGUUACAUCCCUGCCGUUCCACCCAGAGGCGAGCGGCAUCAAUAAUUUACCCGGGGCCCGUCUCCCAUUGUUUGCAAGCAAGGUGGCACGAUGCAGCGCAGGUCCGGCCGAAGGGGCAAGAGUGGAGACGCAGUGGCCAAGCAGCAGGAGGGGACGCCCAUGGAGAACGGUGUGCCCCAGGAGACCAGGGGCUCCCAGGCCUCUUCCGAAGGGGGUGGAGUCGCCCUGGCUCAGGGGGGCACUGCCGCCCCGGCAAGCGCCCCCCACCCGCCCCGAGUGCGGCCCAGGCUUGUGUUCCACACCCAGCUGGCCCACGGCAGCCCCACGGCCAAGAUCGAGGGCUUCACCAACGUCAAGGAGCUCUACGCCAAAAUCGCAGAGGUCUUCAACAUCUCUCCGACAGAGAUCCUCUUCUGCACUCUCAAUACCCACAAGGUGGACAUGCUGAAGUUACUGGGGGGCCAGAUCGGGUUGGAGGACUUCAUUUUCGCCCAUGUCCGUGGCGAGACCAAAGAGGUGGAGGUGACUAAGACGGAAGAUGCUCUGGGGCUGACCAUCACCGACAAUGGAGCAGGAUAUGCCUUCAUCAAGCGUAUCAAGGAAGGCAGCAUCAUCAACCGGAUCCCAACAGUCUGCGUUGGGGACAGCAUCGAGGCCAUCAAUGACCAAACCAUCGUGGGAUGCCGCCAUUAUGAAGUUGCCAAGAUGUUGCGUGAGAUGCCCAAGGCACAGCCUUUCACCAUGCGCCUCGUUCAGCCCAAACGCGCCUUUGACAUGAUCAGCCAGCGGACACGGAACACCAAGAACCCCAGCGAGGGCAAAGUGGCAAGCGGUCGGGAGACACUGCGGCUAAGGGCAAAGGGCACUGCCACUGUGGAAGAGGCGCCCAGUGAGUUUGAGGAGGAAGCAGCUCGACAAGUGGACGACCUUCUGGAGAGCUACAUGGGGAUUCGUGACGUGGAACUGGCAUCAACCAUGGUGGAGAUGGCUAAGGAACGCCAGAGUCCUGAACAGUUUUCCCGGGGCCUUGAUUCACUGUUGGGUGAAUUUGCUUUUCCAGAUGAGUUUGUGGCGGAGGUCUGGACAGCUAUCUGCAAAGCCAAGGGAUGCUCCAAGUAGCGCGUGCACAGUGGGCUUGCAGAGGAUUGCCUCUUCAUCACCUCAGAUCCUCUUUUCCUCCUCAGCCUGGCCCUAGAAUGCCCUCUGUCUCCCAUCCAGCCCCUGUUUUCCUAGUCUCCAGGUUCUGUUUCAGGAUUGCAUUCAGAAGUUCAAAAUAUUUCUAAAGGCCAACUGGAAUUUCAGCGCUUGGCUAGAUUUCAAACGAUGGGUGAAAUGUCAUUUCAGCUGUAGCCCUUUUUGUGUAUCCCAGCAUCAGAUGUUGGGGUCUUAUGAACAAAGCCUUGAAGACACUGACCUUGAAUAGGAAUGGCCCUGUGUCAGUACCUGGGACAGCUCCCAGGGAAGGCAGAUGUUGCUCCCAUUUUGCAUCAGGACCUGGGACAGCACCUGAGAAGGUAGAGUUUCUCCCCAUUUGAGAUCAGGACCUGGGCCAGCUCCCAAGGAAGGCAGAUGUUGCACCAAUCAGCAUCAGGACCUGGGACAGCUCCCAAUGAGGGCAGAUGUUGUUCCCACCACAGUCAAAAACCAAAACAGCCAAACAAACAGCUGCAUGCCCAAACCUUUCCCUUAAGCAUGGAUCCAGCAGGAAUAUGAAAGGAGGAGAGCUUACAGCUGCACAAUCCAACAUGGGGUGGGGGCUAACAUAUGCACAAAUCGGGGCAGUCUGCAGUUUCAUCUCCCAUAGCUUAACCUUGGCUUCCCCUGCUCCCUCCCCCCAUCUUUGCAGCAUAUUUGAUGGACCUACAAGCCAGCAAAUCAAAUGCUGAUCUAGUGGUUUGUCCUGCCCCGCCCUAUAUGCAGGUUCUGACCUUUCCCUCCAUUUUAAAGUGCUGCGUGUAUUCAAUAUAUUUAUUCAAUUAAAUGUACA